UAUGUACAACGGCUAGAGCGGUGGGAAUAGCAAGCGAGAAUUUCUGACACCGCCAGUGUCUGGAUUCAAGCAGGCGAGGAAGACGGUAUGUCGCCGGUUGUUGUCACCGCAGACUCCCCGGUAAAGUCGGCGUGAGGUGUGAGAAACACGACAUCGCUCGGACAACCCCGUGAAACCGCUACAAAAACGACGGUGGAUUUGCUAGUCCCAAAGACGCCGCCUGGCUCCAGAUUAAGACAACGCAGCCCGGUUUCCGCUGUUCCUGGACUGAUAUCUGAGGUCUACAAGCGAAAGCUGCAACGAGCACCGCGGAUCACGUCUACUGUGUAGGAUUCAAAUUCCAGCCCAGCAAACAGACAUCAUGUCUUCCAGGGAUCGCCGGUCGGACGUCUACAUCAAGGCAGAACCAAGCAGUCCAGAAGGGGGAGGGGGAGGUCGGACCAGUCCGGGAGGGGCCUCCUCCGACUCUUCUCAAAGCGGAGGCGGCGAGACCCGGGGAGACUGCACGAAACGCUAUUCGCCGCCGCUUUACACGCCGGCCUUGCGUUGCCACUUCAAAGACGAGAGCGGCGACGGCGCCGACGAGGGGUCCACGGGCAACGGCGCCGGGCGCUGCAAGUACGCCCUGAGCACGCUUCCCAAGAGGCUGUGUUUGGUCUGUGGGGACGUGGCAUCGGGCUACCACUAUGGGGUGGCUUCAUGCGAGGCCUGCAAAGCGUUCUUCAAGAGAACCAUCCAAGGUAACAUUGAAUACAGCUGUCCCGCUUCAAAUGAGUGCGAGAUCACCAAAAGGCGCAGGAAGGCGUGCCAGGCAUGCCGCUUCACCAAGUGCCUCAAAGUGGGCAUGCUGAAAGAAGGAGUUCGUCUUGAUCGGGUUCGAGGUGGACGACAGAAGUACAAAAGGCGCCCCGAAGUGGAGAAUGCGACUUACCAGAGUGUUCCCCUGCCACUGACUAAGGAAAAUGAAAAGGGUUCGUCCAACAUCAUCGUGUCCCACCUGUUAGUCGCCGAGCCAGAAAAGCUGUUCGCCAUGCCCGACCCCCUCCAGCCUGACACGGCCCAACGCACUCUCACAACCCUUUGUGACCUUGCUGACCGUGAGCUGGUCGUCAUCAUCGGCUGGGCCAAACACAUUCCUGGCUUCCUGUCUCUGUCGCUAGCGGACCAGAUGUCUGUGCUACAGUCGGUUUGGCUGGAGGUGCUGGUGCUGGGUGUAGCGUACCGCUCCCUGGGCUGUGAAGAUGAGGUGGUCUUUGCCGAGGAUUUCGUCCUCGAUGAGGAAAUGUCUCGUGUGGCCGGCCUGACGGAGCUAAAUGCGGCCAUUAGUCAACUCGCCCGACGCUUCCGCACCCUUAAUGUGGACCGAGAGGAGUUUGUCAUGCUAAAAGCCAUCGCGCUCACUAACUCAGACUCUGUUUACAUCGAGGACAUGGAGGCCGUGCAGAAGUUGCGGGACCUCCUCCACCAGGCCCUGCUGGAGCUGGAGUGUCAGCGGCGCCCGGACGACCCCCAGCGAGCGGGGCGGCUCCUGCUAACACUGCCUCUCCUGCGGCAGACCGCCGGCCGGGCCCUGACGACGUUCUACAGCAUCAAGACGCGCGGCGGCAUACCCAUGCACAAACUAUUCCUGGAGAUGCUGGAAGCCAUGAUGGACUCUCCCUAGAGGCGCUCGUGCAGGGGUGACGCAGAGACGCGGCAGUGCUCUCAUCUAGUCUUUAUGUUUUGUCACAAAGGAAACGUUUUAUUAGAGAAUUAUUCAUGAGGAGGGGCGGGGGGGUUCUUUUGAAAGACAGAAACAAUUUGACUGCCAGCUCUGAAGCGGUCGCCUUUCAAAACUUCCACCAUCGAGAUCCACGUCUGUUGUGGAUGAAGGCUGGGAACGGAUAGAAGACGGAAUGCCGAGUUGCUUGCGGUGGCCUCCUCUGGUCGCAGCAUCAUCCUGCGCUUGCAUGACCACCGCAGAACACGGAUGUAGCGCUGAUGAGACGGCGGCCGUGCGGCUUUGGAACUUUGGAAGGAAUGCAGCAGUGACUCAUGAAAGCCAUAACAUAUCUGGCCAAGACUUGAGGGUCCACUUUAGUACACAGGGUGCAUUCAUUCACCAUAGCUUAGUGUGCCGUUGUAGGCAGGUUUGUUUGAUGAUCUUUUCUUUUUCUUUUCUUAGGACUUCCUUGCAAUAUGUUCAAAGCAAUAUAAGGACUUCCAAAUGUGGAUAACAUGCUAAGUUGCAUCCUAGUUAGUUGUGCGUCUGUAGUUUUCCCACUCUCAGGACCCCCAGGUAUGUCAGCCGUAGAGAGGAAGAAGCUGCUAGGAAUCCUGUUGGCACAUGAAAAAAAAGCUUCCAUUUGCAGUUGCAGCCAAUGAGCAAGACUUUUUUUUUUUACGGUGUUGCAACACCGAGGUUAGACGGGAAUGCCUCUGCCUCGUUUGCUUUUAAAAAAAAAAAACAACAUUUUCUCCCCUUCCCCCCGACCUGUAGUAGAUCUUAUCCUAUCGGACCACCGCCGUGGUCCGUCUUGUACGAUCCGUAGGCCUUUAGCUGCACUUGAAUGCGCGAGCUCCUGUGUGUUGGUCUUUUAACGUGUCAAGCGCCUGGAAUGGGCUCAGGGCAACAUAUGCAACACUAUGUAUCCUCCUCCGUACGCUACAGCCCCCCGUCUCCUUGUAGACUUCCACCUGCGUACCCGACGUUCAAAUCACAAUAUUCCUUCAUCACUCAUCACUUGGCGGUUGCAGUGGCGUGAAUAGCAACAUGCAAUUUGCCAGCAAAUGUGACAAUUUCGCCAUGAAUAAUGUACAGUAUUUGUGCAGCUUAAGUGUUUGGAAAUUUCUUAAGAAAACAUUUUUCAUACAUUUGUUCCUUUAUAGGAUUUAUGAGUGCGUGUGUAUGUGACGGAGUGAAUGACGUUGAAUUCUACGCUGAUAAAACCGCAGUGGGAUGGAGAUGCAGAGCUUCCUUUAGCUCAGGGGUGCCCAAACUGGCCCCAUUGUAAUGUUUAGACAAUUUUGUCAUGUGACCAGAAUAAAUUCAAAAUAUGGGAGUAAAGUCAUACUUUUACGAGAAAAAGUUGAAAUACUAACAAAGUGGUAAUUUUACCAGAAUAACUUAAUAGGAGAAAAUGAAAGCUGACCUGGGAACACCUUGGGGUUCUCCUGGUGGAACAGGAGUAGGUGGUCGGGAUUAGGAAGUCUGGGCUUCCCUGCUGAGACUGCUGACCCCGCCCCCCAUCCCGAACCGGAUGAGUCGAGGAGAAUGGAUGGAAAAAUAAAAGAAUCUAAAUAAAAUAAAAUAUGAAAUUGCCAUUGGCUGGCGACCAGUCCUGGGUGUACCCCACCUCUCGCAGAAGUCAGCUGGGAUAGGCUCCAGCAUACCCUAAUGAGGAUAAGCGCUGUCCUUUUCCAAGUAUAAAGACUACAUUUGCAGAGAAAAAAAUGGUGAUGUUAUGAGAAUAAACUUGUAACAUUAUCAGAGUUGAAAUAUGAUUAUUUAAAGUCAUAAUUUAUGAGGAAACAUUUUUUCUGAAAAUGACAAGUCAUAAAAUGACGUGAAUAAAGUCAUAAUUCUAAGACAAUAUCCUAAAGGAAAGUCAAAAUAUUUGGAAAAUGCAAUAAUUCCUUAGCAUGUUACAAAAUGGUCCUUUCCUGUUUCACUCUGUGAAGAUGAACCCCGGGGCCCAACUUUUUUUUUUUUUGGGGGGGGGGGGGUCUUGGUAUUAAUACUGUAUGUUAUGUAUAAGUGUGACGUGGAGGUGAUAGGAAUAGGAUUACUGAUUGGACCAGGGUUCGUUUGCGGUGUGAAUGUGAAUAUAAAUGAUAGCAAUACAAUAAAUCACUACUUUCCUUGUACAGCCACUGUAUACGGUUAACAUCGCCACUUACGACAAAUAGCCACUCAACGUUAUUUAGAAGCUCUAAGCAAUGUUUGUAUUUUGACAGACAAUUUAAAUGAUUAAAAUCUAUUUUUUACUCAAUUUAUGGUUGUUGACACUGCUUUUGUUUUUAAGUGUGUUGCUAUGUGAAUUUGUGUGUCGGUUUUGGUUUUUCUUUUCAAGUUGGAUUCAAAUAUUGUUCUGGCGUCCUUGUCUAAACAUGUCCACGUAAGAAUCACUGUGAAUAAAAGUGAUAUAUUCCACUGUU